AUGGAGCUUGCGCAGGACGACCUGGCCGCGGACGCAGGCUGCGAGGAGAGCGAGGACGCGCAACCGCCUCCGCCCGCGGACGCACGCUGCGAGGAGAGCGAGGACGCGCAACCGCCUCCGCCACCACUCGAACGUGAAAUAUGCGUCCGCUUGGACCCGCAGAACGAGUGCUUCGACGUGCUUGACCGGCACGAUGGGCUCGGGUACACGCUCUCCAUGUCCGACCUCGAGGAGCAGCUCUGUGGCUUCGACGCUAUCGAGGACGUGUUCCAUCUGGUCCGUGAGGAUGGCACCACGCGCAAUGAUCCUCGUGUCUGGAUGGCCAAGCAGCAGGCGGAGCGGGAGCUCGACGGUCCUCCCAUUAUGCCUUGCGUGGACCGAGAGACGGGGGUGAGAAGCUUCAGGAAUCUUGUGCCCCUGGCGCAGUACCGGCUGGUGGUCCAGCGGGCCCGUGCGGUGGCCCUUCUCGAUACGCCAGCGCCGGUCAAGGGGCUCAAGGCCCUCGACAUUCGCGUCGACGACGUUGCAACAGGUGAGGAUGCGGCGUCGUGCUCGUGCCUCGAGGGCAACCCGUGUGCCCAGGCGUAUGGUUGCAAGGACUGGGCGCGUCGGUUCGAGGUUGCGAGGCGCAAUGGUUGGAGGGGGUGA